AUAGUAAAGUGUAUGAAUUUCAGGUUUUAAAAACUUUACUUAAUUUAGUGAAGUAGCUAACCAGUUUUAGUAGUAUUCCCUUAAAUGGAUAAACAACAUUACAGUUUAAUUUUAGUUUAAACAUUUUUGUGAUAAAUUAAAACGAGGAAUAAUAUAUGAAAUCAAACUCAGAAAAGAGUUAUUAUUAUUUUUAAUUAUUACCUCUUGAAUAUUCAAAUUCAACCCACUGUCUUUAGCUUAAAUUUCAAUGUUAUUUGUGUGUAAUCGGGACACCUCAUUGAUCAAAUGCCUACCGGCUUUAGAUAAAAAUGAGUAAGAUAUUGGCCACCACACCAAAAGCCAGCCAUUUGCGAUCGAUGUUUCAGUAAAAGGCGCGUCACCGACCAGUGUUCAUUUAGUCGCAUAGUUUAUGCCAGUUACUAGUCAGUUACUAACUGGCACUUCCUUUAAAAAAAGUACAGAGAGUUGAAAGGAAACAGGAUGUACAACGCAGGCUAUCAAGUGGAUGUGAUCGAUCCGUACUACCAGCCACCCGUGGAGGUCAUCAAUGUGGUGCAACCACCGCCGCCCGUGGAGGUGAUCAUGCCGGCGUCCACCUACCAACAACCUGUGGUGGUGGUGGAGCAGCCCAGCUACCCACCGCCCGGUCCCCCACCAGGACCCAGUGACGCCGAGUGCUGUCUGAUGUUGGGCGCCUGCUGUGUCCUGGAGGAACUAUGUGUCAUCUCAUAGAGAUAUACCCCGCUCGUGGAAUAAUACCUGUAAUGAUUAAGAACUGUGUAACUUUUAUGAUAAAUAUAGACUGAAGCCAAGGUGACAAAACGGA